UGCUUGCCGCUUUGGCGGGCACUGCUUCGGCGGUUGUGAAGGAUUGGCAACAAUGUCCGCUCUUAAGAUAUAUCAACAUAUUCGUUCGUGCAAGGCACUAAUCAUUCGCAGGCGGUGGAAUGAACUUCUCUGGAGACUCCGCUUGCGCGUCAGGUUCAGGGUGUGUUAAAAUCAACGAUUACUACUCCCAAUGUCAACCGGGCGCCGCCCCAGCAAACCCUCAACCCGAUCCCGCACCCACUGAUUCCGCUCCAACCUCCGUCCUCGGUACCCCCACUGCAACAGGCACGCCCGCGGGCACCGGCCCGGGAACCACCCUCCAAAGCGGUUACUACUGGAUCCGCGCGGUAGAAGCACCCAACUUCCACAAAUACAUGCAAACCAAACCCCUGUACUCCACCGGCCCGGCCCUCCUCGGCGACUACACCACCGCGGGCCAAUUCCAAGUCGUCGACGGCCAACUCGUGCAACUCGUCUCCGCCGCCGGCGCAAAGCCCGAAACGCUGCUAUACGGCAUCGUGAACCCGACGCGCCAGAUCAACAACAUGAGCCUGGCGGUCAGCUUCAGCGAGACAAAGAACACGUACGGCAAGUUUGGAUGGCAGGGCGAUGGGCUGACGUGGAGCGUGGAGGGCAUUACUAGGCCGAAUGGACUCGCGUGGUAUGUGUGUACCGGGCAGCAGCUUUAUAUCAAUUUGGGCAAUUAUUUGUAUCAGACGCCGAGUGGGUGUGUGGAUGAGACGAUUCAUUACUAUAAUGAUAAGACGGCGAAUAACUAGGCGUGGGUGUGGAUCGUGCAGAAGCGGACUGCGACCGGGUUGUAUAUAGGAAUCAAACAUAUCCAGCCGAGUAUGCGGUUUACAAAUUCGAGAGAAGUGAUGCUUUUUAUGUGCAUGUAGCAACAUCCCUCCGGCUCUUCCUCAACCCCACAGCAGCGCCGCGGGCAUCAAUGAAGAGGGCCAAAAAUUCCUCGCCGACCCAGAGGGCCGACGAAAGCAUGGUCGAAAAUUGUAGUUUUCAACUAGCAAAAAGCUGAGCUCAGACGGGGUCUUCACUGCUGCAGCUGAUGCCCUUGCACUUGGAUGAGGAGGUCGACUGGGGACCGGGGAAGAGGUGGUUAUAUAGAUAUGGAUGUGGUUGAUGCCUAGCGAGGUGCCGGAGUUGUGUUCGUUGGGGGCAGUUGAGGCGGAGCGGUAGGCAGAUAGGGUCACGUGGCCGGGGUGCCUGGAGG